AUGAAUGUGAUUAGUGAUACGAAUGCCACAGGCACUGGGGAAGAUAGCUUGCAAGCCCAAAGAUGCCACCAGCUAGAAUGGAAGCCGGACCCCCAGCUGCUCACCAACGCGCAGGUGCUCAAACUCUGCACUGAUUCGAAACCGGACAACUUCGAAUUAGGUGACCUUUUCGCAGAGCUCGCAUUCGUCAUUUUCGCGCGAAUCCUGAGGACAUUAUCGGACCUGCGCAAGCAAGAAUACAACCCCCCACAGCCACAUUUGGCAAAAUACGUUGACUGGAUGAUUGAGCAAGAGAGACGGAUGAAUGAUCCUGAAGUUGCUUUCGCGCAUGAACCGUGGAUCAGUCGGCUUAACGACCCCCUCUUCAUUGAGCAGGUCGAAGAGCGCAUAUCCAAGGCUAAUGCCCGAGGAUAUGUCGUGGCUAAUGUCUCACGAAAUCUCCCACAACUUCUCAAUGGAGAGAUAGACCCCUUGGCUUUCUUGUUUGGAGGAACCCAGCUAAAGGUCUUUUAUUUUGAAUCUCUCUACGAUACUGUCGGUGUCCACCGACUUGGUACAUACCUGGAUGUCCUUUCUAAUCACAAUAAUGAAUUGCGGGUCAUUGAGGUCGGCGCUGGCACUGGUUCCAUAACGGACAUCCUCAUGCGAUCCCUUGGUCGCACGGAUGAUGAGUCUAGUGAGCGACGGUAUGCCCGAUGGGACUUCACCGACAUUUCCCGGUCCUUCUUCAGUCAAGCACAGGACCUUCUCAAGGCUGAGGGGGACCGCGUCAAGUUUAACUCGCUCGAUAUUGAGCACGAACCAAGCGAUCAAGGAUUCGAAUGUGGAACGUAUGAUAUGGUUGUCGCAUCUCUGGUACUCCACGCCACCCAUGAUCCGAAGACAACUUUGAUAAAUGCUCGGAAACUGCUGAAGCCAGGCGGAAAGCUUGUCCUGAAUGAGCUUGUAGCUCCAGAUAUUCUUCGGACGUCAUUCAUAUUUGGCUUGCUGGAAGGCUGGUGGUUGAGCUCCGAAUCAUACCGCAAAUUCGGCCCCUGUGUAGAAACUAGUCAAUGGAACGAUCUACUCCAGCAGACUGGCUUCUCAGGGGUAGACCUAUCCCUGCAGGAUUACGAAGACCCGCGGUGCUGGGAGUGCAGCAUAUUAGUCGCAACCGCUGUCGAGGAAAGCCAGGCUGCGACUUUGGACUCAGACAUCGAGAUUUAUUACAGCAAACACUCGUCAAGACAGGCUGAGACAGCUGAGGUUCUUGCAUCGCAUUGCCAGCCGCUCACCAAGUCAUCAGUCAACUGUUUAACUAUUGAAGACGUCCCAGAGGCAGGCUCGAGCGCCCCUUCCUUGCGCAUAUUCUUGCUUGAUAUGGAAAGACCAACGCUGCAUGAAAUGGAACCUGAUCAGUUCUUUACAUUGCAGCACCUAUUUUGCUCGACUACUGACGUGCUGUGGAUAAACUCCGGCGGAGGUCUGUCAAACUCGCAUCCUCACUAUAGGGUGGCAGACGGGCUAUUCAGGGCAGUUUCUGCGGAGGACGACCGCAAGAAAUGCUAUGUGCUCUCACUGGAUCCCCGAAACGGUGGGCCACAGCAACAGGACAUGGUUGACCAUACAACAAAGGUGAUUCAAUCGCUGCUCGAGGCGGCGGCGAAAAAUGCGAUUGUUGAUACCGAGUAUGUCGAGCAUGAUGGCCUGCUGCAUAUUCCCCGAUUGGUGGCUCCACUUUCAGUGAAUGAAGAAAUGUCUUCUCGAACGGCCUUAAAGCACAACAAGUUACAGAGCUUUGAAUGCGGCAUUCCCCUUCAACUUGACAGUGCGAACUCGAACCUUCUUCGCGGGUUCAAGUUCAUUGAAGACGAACUUGCCGGUCAGCCUUUGGCGCCCAAUGAAAUGGAAAUCCAAGUCAAGUGUUCUGGUGUCAACUUCCGCGACGUGCUCAUUGCCGUGGGUCAGCUGAACUCACCACACACUGGAUUUGAAUGCUCGGGUAUCGUUACUCGGACCGGGGAAGCGUGCAAACGUUUCCAAGUUGGAGAUCCCGUCGCUCUGCUCAAUAAGGGUUGCUUUUCAAAUUUCAUCCGCGUUCGUGAUACUGGGGCAGUGGUGAAGACCGGGCGCAAUGUCUCCUUCAGCGAUGCGGCUGCUGUUCCAGUUAACUUUGCGACUGCCUUCAUUGCGAUCCACGAAGUGGCUCGUAUGCGGGCCAACGAGACAAUAUUGAUUCAUGCCGUCGCCGGUGGUACUGGGCAAGCAGCAAUCCAAAUCGCACAAGACCUUGGAGUGGAGGUCUUCGCAACGGUAGGGUCUCAGCGGAAGAAGGAAUUCCUCAUGGAGGUUUACGCUAUUCCAGAGUCCCAUAUAUUCUCGAGCCGGUCGACCCUAUUUGGUCCUGCUGUCAAAGACCGAACCCAUGGUCGUGGCGUCGAUGUUAUCUUCAACUCCUUGGCUGGUGAAAGCCUGAGGACGUCUUGGGAGUGUAUCGCUCCGUACGGACGCUUCCUGGAGAUUGGAAUCAAAGACAUCCUAGCGAAUGAUCGUCUACCCAUGGCCAAAUUCCUCCACAACGUCUCUUUCAGUGCUAUUAAUCUGGCAUCAAUGAUGACUGACCGACCGGAUGUUUGUGCCACGGCACUGGAUUCUGUGUUCAAGAUGAUUGCGGAAGGCAGGCUCCAACCCGCACGAGAUGUACAGCUCUACGGUAUUGGUGAUAUGGAGUCGGCCUUCCGUACGAUGCAGAGUGGUAAACAUAUUGGCAAGAUAGUUAUUGAAAUGCGGAAGGAUGACCAAGUCACGACUGUAUUGCAGACUCAUCCUAGUACUUCCUUGGAUGCCAAUGGUACGUACAUCAUUUCAGGUGGGCUUGGAGGUCUCGGUCGUACGAUUGCCACCUGGCUGGUUGAUCGGGGUGCCCGCAAUUUGCUACUUCUCUCGCGCUCCGGUGCUCGCAGUGCCAAGGCCGCGGAAUUGUUGCAAGAACUUUCCGCCAAGGGUGCAAGUGUUAUGAUCCCCCGAUGCGACGUCGCGGACGCGGACUCUCUGGCGAGGGCCUUGUCCGAGUGCCAAGAACGCAUGCCUCCGUUUAAAGGAUGCAUUCAAUGCGCGAUGGUAUUGCGGGAUUCCAGUUUCGAAUCGAUGACCCAUCAGGCUUGGCAGGAAGUAAUUUCUCCCAAGGUCCAGGGCACCUGGAAUCUUCAUCAACAGCUUCCCUCCGGCAUGGACUUCUUCAUCAUGUUGUCGUCGAUUUCCGGUGUUCUAGGAUCAAGGGGCCAAGCCAACUAUGCAGCAAGCAACACUGGAAAACUCACAGAAUGGACAAGAUUACCUUAG